UUUAUAUUGACGAUAUUGACAUUCAUUUUUCCACGUGUAAAGAAAAUUCCUUGCAUUAAUGCAUUAUUGAUAAUUGUUUUUAAAUUGUUACAUGACCAUUACAUGACAUUCUUAAAAAGUAGAUAAAUACGAUUUUAACUUGAUGGAAGAAAUUUAAUUCUUUACAUAAAUUUAUAAAUUCCAAAAGAGGGUAAAAAAUGUACACUUGUACGAAUUGCGGAGCCGAAGUUGCGGAACUGUACAGACGUUACAGUCCGAGUGUCUUGAAAGUUUUAAAGUGUAGUACAUGUGGAUGCUUGGCUGACAAAUAUAUAGAGUAUGAUCCAGUAAUUGUCCUUCUAGAUUUGAUUCUUCUCCAAAAAUCGGCAUAUCGUCACUUAUUUUAUAAUAGCAGUUUUAAAUCUUAUUGGAAGCUAAUGAUGGUUUUAAUUCUGGGUGAAUCGUUUCAAAAAUGGUUUGCUGUUAAUACAUCUGUUGCUUCUUCUAUUUUGUCAACUCCUUUUUCUUUUUACAUCGCACAGGGUAACGACGUGUUUGAGGGUGAGAAAAGUCUUUAUAUUUUACUAAUUCAAACAACUCUGUCUCUAAGCACUUUCAUCUUGACAAUUAUUCUGUGCAUGGAGCUGCGGUGGCUUCUUUCUGGUAGAAGACCUCAAACGUAUAAACCAAUAAACUUGGUGAAAGCUCUAGUAAUUGGCCGAUUUCCAAAUUUACUAGGAUUGUUGGGAAUUGUGUGGAAACAUAAUUCACCAAAAUUACAUAAUGUUCUUAUUUACGGUUACGAAUUACUGUGUCUACUAACAGCCUACUCUGUGGUAAGCGAUAGUCGAAAGAGCGGAUCGUCGAUCGUGUUAAUUUUGGGUUUGUUGGCACAUAGCAGCGUCUCAAGCGGCUUAUUCGGAAUGCCCCAGUCGCCACCCUCCAAUGUCACGUCGGUACAAAGCUGA